CAUUCGAAACAGUAGUUGCAGAGUCAUGGUAGCUCCGCUGAGUCUGCCCAACUCGUCGUCUCUUCCUUAAACAUUAGGGUCAGCUCAACUUUCUCGGGAAAGAAGAGACUCCGCAAUUUGUGUUUUUUUUUUCUCGAGAAGAAUGUCUCUGAGCAAAAAAGUAGCUGUGUUGGCUAUGAUUCUAGCGUUGACCAUUGUGGUAGUCAACGGGGUUUCAGCAAGGUUCUUCGUGGAGAAGAGAAGCUUGACGGUACUUAACUCAUGGAAAAUGGGAGGUAAGCAUGACGCAGCCAUCGCAAACUUUGGUCUCCCGAGCUACGGUGGUUUCGUGAUCGGCUCCGUCGUCUAUGCUGGCCAAGAUGCUUACGGAUGCGACUCUUUCAACGAAGCCUUCAAUCGCAAGUCUCCUUAUCCCAAAAUUCUCCUCAUUGAUCGUGGAGUGUGUGACUUUGCUUUGAAGAUAUGGAAUGGGCAAAAAUCCGGUGCAGCUGCUGUUCUUUUAGCAGAUAACAUUGUUGAGUCAUUGAUAGCCAUGGAUUCAUCACCUCAAGAUGAAGAUCCUGACUUUAUAGACAAAAUCAACAUCCCAUCAGCUUUGAUCCUUCACUCUCUCGGAGAUAAUCUCAAGAAAACUCUUAAAAGAGGUGAGGAGGUUAUCUUGAAGAUAGACUGGAGUGAGUCAAUACCAAACCCUGACGAAAGAGUUGAGUAUGAGCUAUGGGCGAAUACUAAUGAUGCAUGUGGUCUACACUGCGAUAAACAGAUAGAUUUCAUAAAGACCUUUAAGGGAACAGCUCAAAUUCUCGAAAAAGGCGGUUAUACUUUGUUCAGACCUCAUUACAUUGCCUGGUUCUGUCCCAAAGAUCUUCUACUUAGCAAGCAAUGUAAGACUCAGUGUAUAAACCAAGGGAGGUAUUGCGCUCCUGACCCUAAGCAAGAAUCUGAAGAUGGAUAUAAUGGGAGAGACGUCGUUUACGAGAAUCUGAGACAGUUAUGUGUUCAUAGAGUAGCCAAGGAAAAGAAUAAUUCUUGGAUCUGGUGGGAUUAUGUGACAGAUUUUAACAUCAGGUGUUCUAUGAAGGAGAAGAAAUACAGCAAAGAAUGCGCAGAAACUGUCGUGGGAUCUCUCGGGUUGUCUCUUGAGAAGAUCGAGAGAUGCAUUGGUGAUCCUGAUGCUGAUGUAGAAAAUGAAGUUCUAAAAGCCGAGCAAGCUUUUCAGUUAGGCCAAGAGAAUCGCGGGGUUGUCACAAUGUUUCCAUCAUUGAUCAUCAACAAUGCUCAAUAUCGUGGUAAACUGGAGAGAACCGCAGUGCUUAAGGCUAUAUGUUCAGGAUUCAAGGAAAGAACUGAACCUUCAAUAUGUCUAAAUACAGAGAUAGAGACCAAUGAAUGUCUUGAAGCAAAUGGUGGAUGUUGGCAAGAAAAAAUAUCCAAUAUAACAGCUUGCAAGGACACAUAUAGGGGAAGAGUAUGUGAGUGCCCUGUUGUCAAUGGUGUUCAAUAUAAAGGAGAUGGUUAUACUUCCUGCAAGCCUUAUGGACCUGCAAGAUGUUCAAUGAACGAUGGAGGCUGCUGGUCUGAAACUAGAAAGGGUCUAACUUUCUCUGCUUGUUUGAACUUGGAAACAUCAGGAUGUCGUUGCCCUCUAGGCUUCCGUGGAGAUGGUCUGAAAUGUGAAGACAUUGAUGAAUGCAAAGAGAAAUCAGCUUGUCAAUGUGAUGACUGCAAAUGCAAGAACAUUUGGGGAGGAUAUGAAUGCAAAUGUUCUAAUAGUAGUCUCUAUAUGAAAGAAGAAGACACUUGUAUUGAAAAAAUAAGUGGAACAAGAAGCAGAUGGUUGUUCACAGUUGUAGUUCUAAUUGCCAUUGCAAGCAUCUCUUUAGGUGCUUAUACAUUCUACAAGUACCAUCUUCAGUCAUACAUGGAUUCAGAGAUCCAGUCUAUUUUGUCUCAGUACAUACCACUCGAUAGCCACAACAUUAACCAAGGCGACAAGUAAAUAAGAACAGUUGUUCAAUCUUUCGUUGUAAUUUAGAGGUCUUUUUUUUGUUUUUUUCUGUAAAGAAUAAAAAUUUUGAAAAUGUUUUAAGAACUAAAAUGUUGCUUUCAUUGAGAGUUGAACUCAAGACCUCCCGCUUACUAAACGGGUGCUCUAACCAACUGAGCUAUGAAAGCUUUUGGUAGGUUGCACCA